GAAAGGCCAAUAUUCAGCCGCAGGUUUAUGACCUAGACUUUGCCCCUCCUUGUCUUCUUUAAAUCUCAAAUGAUUUAUUUGGACUUCAGGUCCUGGAAGAAAAUGCUUCUGGAGCACAUCUUAACUCUUUCUUGUGGGUUCUGCUUCUGAUCCUCUCUCCUCUUUGUUAAGAUCCCGAGUCCCAAAGGGGACUUUCAACGCUUCGAUGUGCUCCAGUCAACGGGUAUGGCCUUCUGUGCUUUGCAUCCAUUUCCUUACGCUGCUUCUCCUGGCGCAAGGAGCUACCAGAAUCUACUAUCUGGGGAUUCACAAUGUGGAUUGGAACUAUGCUCCGCUGGGAAAGAAUGCUGUCACUGGACAAAACAUUGCAAAUGACUCCAUAGCCUCCAAUUUCCUCCAACCUGCCAAGGACAGGAUAGGUGGGAUUUACAGGAAAUCUAUCUAUAAGCAGUACUCUGAUUCCACAUAUAUAUCUGAGAUAUCCAAGCCUGCCUGGCUGGGAUUCCUUGGGCCCAUCAUUCGAGGUGAAGUGGGAGACACCAUUACUGUACACCUGAAAAAUUUUGCCAGCCGCCCAUUCACAAUUCACCCCCAUGGUGUCUUUUACACAAAGGAUUCAGAAGGGGCCAUGUAUCCUGAUACAUCCUCUGAGGGUCUUAAGAAAGAUGAUGCUGUCCCACCAGGAGGAAACCAUACUUACACAUGGACUGUUCCUGAGGACCAUGGCCCAACUGCUGAUGAUCCAGCCUGUUUAACAUGGAUCUAUCAUUCCCAUGUCAACGCACCAAAAGAUAUUGCCAGUGGCUUAGUUGGGCCUUUGUUGAUAUGUAAACAAGGAACUCUGAAAAUACUACCUUCAAGACGCCAUGAUGUGGAUCUUGAUUUCUUCCUGAUGUUUAGUGUGGUUGAUGAGAAUGAAAGUUGGCACCUGGAUGAAAACAUUGCUUCCUUCUGCACUGAGCCAGACUCUGUUGACAAGGAAGAUGAAGAGUUCAGAGAAAGCAACAGGAUGCAUGCCAUUAAUGGUUAUGUCUUUGGGAACCUCCCUGAGAUCACCAUGUGUGCCGGGGAUCUUGUGUCAUGGCAUCUCUUUGGGAUGGGCAGUGAGAUUGAUGUCCACACUGCCUUCUUCCAUGGACAGACUCUAAUCACGCGAGGACACAGGACUGAUGUGGCCAACCUUUUCCCAGCAACAUUUGUGGCAGCUGAAAUGGUACCUCACAACAUUGGCAAAUGGCUGUUGACCUGCGAGGUCUCCGACCACUUGCAAGCGGGGAUGGAGGCGCUCUAUGAAGUCAAGCGUUGCUCCAGUCAGAAUUCAGGACCUGCCCUGAAGGGGAAGCUUCGGGAAUACUACAUAGCAGCAAAAGAGGUGCGGUGGAACUAUGGGCCUUCUGGAUUCGACCAAAGUACUGGGAAAAGCCUGCGUGAGCCGGACAGUUUCUCAGAGCGGUUCUUUAAGCAGAGUUCCAGCCAACCUGGGGGGACGUAUUGGAAAGCCAAAUACAUUGAAUAUACGGAUGGGACUUUUCGUGUGGAGAAGGAGCGGACAGAGGAAGAAAAGCACCUUGGAAUACUUGGGCCAGUGAUCAAAGCUGAAGUAGGUGACACCAUUCAGGUGGCCUUUGCAAACAAAGCCUCAUGGCCUUUCAGCAUUCAACCCCACGGUGUGUUUUACAAAAAGCAGUGGGAAGGCACGCCCUACCAGGAUGGCUUACUCAGAAAUGGAGCAUCCAUCAAGCCAUUUGGGAACUUCACAUAUCUCUGGAUGGUACCACCACAUGUUGGCCCCACAGCCUCAGACCCUCCUUGCCUGACCUGGAUGUACUCUUCUGCAGCGGAUCCCACGAGAGACACCCAUUCUGGCUUAGUGGGGCCCUUACUCAUCUGUAGGCCUGGCACUCUCAAUAAAAGAAACGAACAGAAAGGCAUUGAUAAAGAGUUUUACCUUUUGUUUGGUGUGUUUAAUGAAAACCUAAGCUGGUAUGUGGACGUGAAUCGGAAGAAUCUGAAAUACCCACUGGGGAAAGAAGAACCAUUUGAGGACAAUACCUUCCAAGAGUCCAAUAGACUGCAUGCCAUUAAUGGAUUCCUCUUCGGGAAUUUGCCUCUCCUGGAUAUGUGCAAGGGGGACACCGUUUCCUGGCACCUCCUGGGCCUUGGCAGCGAAACAGACGUUCACGGAGUUGUUUUCCAAGGAAACACCAUCCUGAUGAAUGGGAUGAGGCGAGACACAGCUAGUCUCUUCCCUCACACCUUCACCACAGCCCUCAUGCAGCCCGAUAACCAAGGGACUUUUGGCGUGUACUGUCAGACAAGCAACCACUUUCAGUACGGGAUGAAAGGCCGUUACUCUGUUCGGCAGUGUGGGAGAAAGGCAUAUUUUCCAGACCGGCGGUAUGGGACAGUGAGAACCUUUUACAUCAUGGCAGAGGAGGUGGAGUGGGACUACGCUCCAGAGCGCAGCUGGGAGUUGGAAAGGCACAACAGCUCUGAAGAGGAAAGGUAUGGUGAAGUAUUUCUCAGCAGUGAGAAUGGACGAUUGGGCUCCAGGUACAAGAAAGCAGUUUAUAGGGAAUACACAGAUGGGACAUUCAAGACCCCGAAGAACAGAACGAGAGCGGAGGAGCAUCUAGGGAUAUUAGGACCCUUCAUUUGGGCAGAAGUGGGAGAUGUUCUCAACAUAGUUUUCAGGAACAACGCCCUGCGGCCUUACUCCAUCCACGCCCACGGAGUCCUGGAAAAGGACAACAGGGACUCGAAGACGGCAGCGCCUGGGGAAAUUGUAACGUAUCAGUGGGAUGUUCCUGAAAGAUCUGGCCCAGGACCGAAUGAUUCCACCUGUGUGUGUUGGAUCUACUAUUCCACCGUGGACCGUGUCAAGGAUUUGUAUAGUGGCCUCGUUGGCCCCCUGAAAGUUUGUCGUAAAGGGACCCUGGAUUCCAAUGGGAGAAGGAAAGGUGUAAGCAGCGAGUUUGCCCUCCUCUUUUUGGUUUUUGAUGAAAAUCAGUCUUGGUACCUUGAGGAGAAUGUGAAGACAUAUCUCCAAGGGGACUGGAACUAUUCCCACCAGCAGGACGAAGAAUUCGUGGAAAGCAACAAAAUGCACGCAAUCAAUGGUAAUGUAUACGCAAACUUGCCCGGGCUGAUGAUGUAUGAAGGAGACUGGGUGAACUGGUAUCUGCUGGGAAUGGGCCAGGAGAUUGACGUGCACACAGUUCACUUCCAUGCUGAGACAUUCAUAUAUCGGAACGGCAAGAGUUACAGAGCCGAUGUGGUGGAUCUCUUCCCUGGGACCUUUGAAAUGGUGGAGAUGCAGGCUGGCAACCCUGGCACAUGGCUUCUUCACUGCCACGUGGCUGACCAUAUCCAUGCUGGCAUGGAGACACUUUUCACAAUCCUACCCAAACGAGAAAAAAGUGUGGGGCCUUCUGGAGAAAAAAGUGUGGGGCCUUCUGGAGAAAAAGUCACCUCCCAUGACAUCAUUUUGUUUGGCUCAAGACUAGACAAUGGACAUGUAGAAGCAACAAUCAUUACUCUUGCUAUUGCUGGGAUUGUGCUGUUCAUCACUGCCAGUAUCUUACUUGGUGUGAUCAUCCACCUCAGGAGACAAAAGAAGCUGAGACGCAACAAGCGGUCUAUUUUGGACGAAAGCUUCAAGCUGAUGUGUAGUCAAAAGCAUAACCUUUAGAAGACAGUGGAAGAGCUCUUGAUAGCUUUUUGGCCAGGCACAAGUGAAAAUGGCCCAGGAUAGGGUUCAGUUAUCAUUUUAGGGAAGUUCAGUAAGAAAUGUUACUAGCAAGUACUUCCACAUGUUAUAUCCAUUCUAGAUUUUAUGGUUUAAGAUUUCAGGUAUCCCAAGGCUCAGAUGGGUUCCCAGAUCCUUAUGCUUUUAUUCACUGAAGGAAGAGACAGAACCUCAAGCAAAUCCAGACUGGUUAUUCAAUCAAGAACAGCAACGUCCAUCAUCUUAUAUCAGUUUACUCCGUAUCUGGUGCUACUAACCUGACACCUGGAUCUCCUGCAUUCCUUCAUUCUUGGGGCAAUUCACCAUUCUGCGAGACUAGCCAAUUAGAGUUUCUGCAUGUUGAACAUACACCAGGCUGGGGAGAAGCCACAGGCACUGAGAAGUUUCUUUAAGAGGGCAGGGCAACAAGCAUUGCCUUGAAACAGGCUUCCAGCACAAAUUGUUUUCCUUGCUUUGAGCUUCUAGCACAAAUUGUUUUCCUUGCCUUGAACUCCUUUCAUUCCUCAGCAGUCGUUCUUUCAGAAGAACUUCCGUUUGACUCAACCAAAAUAGGACUUUCAACGUAAAAGGCCAAUGAUUUUAAAACUGAUACGGCUUUUAACUAAAAGUAGCGGAGGAA